AAUCAGAAUAUUGUUCAAGUAUAGACAGAAACAGUAGGUACUGUUUCAUCUUAGUCUAUGUAACUGAUAUUACACAAAAUAUUACAAUAUGUAUCGCUCUUCCUAUCAAAAGGGAUUCCUUACGGUUCUUUACAGUGUGGGAAGUUCCCCUCUGGACAAAUGGUCGACGUAUACAAAAAAUGGUUAUAUCAAACGCAUUUACGAUGAGGAUAUCAAAUCUUUGGUACUGGAAAUAAUGGGAUCGAACGUCUCGACUACAUUUAUACAUUGUCCCAGCGAUUGCAAGGCAGAGCUUGGCAUCAAGCUGCCUUUUUUGGUACUGCUCAUCAAAAAUAUGCACAAAUAUUUUUGUUUUGAGGUUAAGAUUCAGGACGAUCAGCGCUUUAUGCGCCGUUUCCGUGUAUCGAACUUCCAGAGCAAAACAUCCGUAAAGCCCUUCUGCACAGCCAUGCCCAUGGGUAUGUCGCCAGGCUGGAAUCAAAUACAAUUCAAUUUGGCCGAUUUUACACGUCGUGCUUAUGGCUCGAACUAUUUGGAGACUGUGUCACUGCAGGUGCACGCCAAUGUGCGCAUCAGACGCGUUUAUUUCACUGACAAACUGUACACUGAAGCCGAACUACCCAACGAUUACAGGCUGAUGGGCAAGCCCAAGGAUCUGAAGAAGGAAAAACAAUUCAAGGCGCCGCCCACAGCACGCCCACCAUCGCCUCUGAAUACGACACGAGCCGAGGUGACGACAGCCAAAACCGAAGAGUCAGCUGGGCCAGUGGACACAGAGCCCGAGAUGGACAUGGGGGUAUCCGAUGGUGGGAAAUCGGCACCAGUCGAAACUGCCGAAUCUGAUGCAGCUCCAGCAGAGGAGCCACCAGCACAGACCGAAGCCACCGAGGAAGCGUAUUAUUAAGAUAAUUCUGUCGUUAAUGUUCCAAUGUUCAGUUAUGUUUAAUUUGUGCAUGCAACUGGAGAGGGGCCGUGGCCGAGUAGCAGCCAAAUUAGCUAGUCGUAAUUACAUUCCAAUGCAAUGCUCGGUUUGAAAUAUA